AUGAAUUGCCGUUUGAUCAAUUCGACCACAGUGGGGAAGUCUGGCCGUGCGAUCCACUUGACGGGUAAUUGGUUUCCCAAGUUUGGACAAUUCCACGCCUGUUGUCUUUUGUAUCGCGGCGAUGUGGUUCCGAAAGACGUGAACGCGGCGAUCACGAAGAUCAAGACGCAGAAGACAGUGCAAUCCGUGGACUGGUGUCCUACGGGCUUUAAGGUUGGUUUGAAUUAUCAGCCACCGACCGUUGUUCCAGGUGGUGACCUAGCGAAAGUGCAACAAGCAUUGUGCAUGUUGAGCAACACGACGGUGGUUGCGGAGGCUUGA